UUCAUUCCCCAAGAACAUCCGAGUGGAAAUCCACAUCCCAUCAUCUAUUCUACUCACUACCCUUGCCCCAUGGUGUCUGAGAGUGCCGCUGAGUGUUUGACAGGUUAAAUUUAGCCUAUUGAUGCAAGCUGCAUUCCACUCACAACAGAGACAGAGACACACUCACAGUUUGCCUUUAGUGUCUGUGAGCGUGAAGAUCAGCAAAGAUCACACACCACUGACCCCUUCGUCUCCGUGUCUCCCCUUCAAGGAUACGGGCUGCACAGCAGGGACACGACGACAGGAGUCAUGGACCUGGGAAAGAAGCUCAGCACUCCAAAAGACAUCAUGCUAGAGGAGCUGUCGCUGCUCUCCAACAGAGGUUCUCGGCUUUUCAAAAUGCGACAGAGGAGGUCUGAGAAGUACACGUUCGAAAGCAUUCAAAAUGAAGCAAACGCUCUCCUGAAUAAUGACAUUUUGAAUCAGAACACACACUCUGUGGAGAUUAAGGUGGAGCCGCCGGCAGAUGGAAGUGCUGCAAAUUCAGCUUCAGACAUGGCUGCAGAAAAGCUGGACACCCAGCCUGUGCAUAAGACUUACCACUCACCGUGGGAACAGGUGAUCCUUAGUGACCCCAGCCUUGCUGAAUCUCUGCAACUCAGAAUGCCAGAGCCAGAGCCGCGGCAGGAGCUCCCUGAAUACAAAUGCUUCAACCGGGUUGCCACUCCUUAUGGUGGUUUUGAGAAAGCUCCAAGAGGGAUCACAUUCAAGCUCCCGGAGGUGGACCUGAGCCCGCCGCAGUACCAGGAGCUAAGUGACCCCCAGGCCAAGCGGCCCACGUUCAACAGGACGGCCCAGGGCUGGAUAUCUGAGGGCAUUCAUCUCAUUCUACCAACUAUCACCUUGGAGUCCUUCAGUGUGCCUGAGUCUGAUGACCUGUAGAGGAUUCUACUGGAACACGGGAACACAACGCAGCCUUUAGCGGUCAACCUGCAGAACGGGACAAAGGAGGGGGGGUCUAUUAGUUUCACCACUGUAAUUUCUUUACAGCAUUUAAUAUAACAUCCAGUGAACCUGACAGAGAGGUUAACUUGCCUGUUUUCUGACAGUAGUAUUUAUUUUAAUGACACAUUACAAAAUUUGCAUUCAAUAUCCGGAAGAAGGCUGUAAAUAAACAAUAUUCAAAUGAUAAGAUGAAUAUUUUAUGUACAUAACAUUUGCACAUUUGGAUAUAUGCUCUGUACAAUAAAGUCAUCAUCAUUUAUCAUUUAGUGGGAGUUUUCAGGGGGUGGGGGAAGAAUAUACAGAGUAUAUAAAUGCCUGUCUGCAACUAUGUCUGUUAGAUACAAUUAAGCACCAAAGCAGCAUCAAAAUGUUUGGUUAAAUAAUAGAUUAAGAUUAAGAAGUAUUCUGAGUAAAAGCAGGACUUACAUAUAUCCUAUCAUCUAGUUCAUCCAGGUCCUACAAAUCGGGUAGUGCAACCUUAAAUACAAAUUUAUUACACAAGAUGUGAUUUACUGAAAACUAAAGGCCAAAACAUGAGAAUGUAAACAGCAAUGUGAUAAAUAGCAGCCUGGUGCUGCUAAUCAAAUGCACUUCACUAUCAGAUCAACAGCAUGUGUCUAUGAAAGGAGAAGCUUUGGGGCCUGAAAAGUCUGCAGGCCUUUUAACACAACGUGAGCCUGGAGUAAGGAGCAAUCUGGAAAAUAUUCCAAACACUUUCCAGUGUCCACAGUAACAAACAUCCAAGGUUCCUCUGUCAGACAAACCAGAACAUAAAAAAAUGCUAAAAAUCUAAAGAGCUUCAUCAUAGACAAACCCAUUAAAAAACCUUUGAAGGUGAACUUAGUUUUGACCUUUACUAGAACAGGUGAAAGGUCAUAUAUUAUCACACAGAUGAGUUCUGCUAAAGUAGUUCUUUGGGCAAUUGGAUCAUGUAACAGGCAGUGAUUUUUGUUAUGUAUUUCUGUUAAUCAGGUCAGAAAUGUUUCACUAAAUUUUAAGACCUGUCAAUCAGAUGAAUAUUUUGUGUUAACAGGCAUAAGCCCCUAAAGAACUGCACUAAGUUUUCAUCAUGAUCAUACUGUAUAUUGUAUGUACUUGAGCCAUUUUGUUGCCAUGUCCAAAACAUCAAGUGUGUGAGUAGUUCAACCAACAAUAAAAGAUGAAAUAAGUUCA